CUGUACAUUUUAGGCGAACGUCCUCACCGUUGCGAUAUCUGUGACAAGCGUUUCUCGUCAACUUCGAAUCUGAAAACGCACCUUCGAUUGCACAAUGGCCAGAAGCCUUACGGGUGUGAUGUUUGUAACGCCAAAUUUACGCAAUACGUACACCUUCGUCUGCAUAAGCGCCUACACGCUAACGAACGACCAUACGCGUGUAUGUCGUGCGGGAAGAAGUACAUCAGAAUGGUCUUUGGAGGCUUAAUGCCACAACAGAACACGGAGGCUUCUAGCGAUGGAGCACGAAGCAAAGAUAUUUACUUCCAAGCAACAACAUUGAUCUGUAUCGUGAACUCUAUUCAUUUCCAAUUAAGAUAA